AUGGUUUGCUGCUUUAAACUGGCAAUAUUCCUGUUUGUCGGAUGUGUUCUCGGAGAUCAGGGGGACACGAUAGAUGCGAGAGUUUUGAAGUUAGAACAAGAACUUGUCAAGUUACAGAGUCAGGUUGAUAAUCAAAAUGAUGGUAAUGAGUAUAUGUCGGUUGCGUUUACAGCAGGCCUUUCAAGAACCAUAACAAACAUGGGCUCACAUCAGCAGAUUGUUUUCGACCACGUGAUCACAAACGUUGGCAACGGCUAUAGUCCGUUUCACGGGCAUUUUACGGCACCAAUAAAAGGAGUCUAUGUGUUUUUCGUAGUUAUAACAAAUACCCCAGGCUAUUCCUCCAGUGUGACGCUUUUAAGAAAUGGAGGAUGGAUAUGGUAUGCGUUAGCACAUGGAGGAAGUCAAAACAACAAUCUGUAUGUAACGUCAACAAUAGCCGUAACAAUUGAAUUACAGCAGGGGGAUGAAGUCUGGGUUCAAAAUGAGUUUGCCUUUACAUCGGUCGAAGAGCUUAGUGGUGCCAAUGAAUUAGUCACAUUGUCAGCCAUAUAUUCAGCCAUAUGA